UCUUAGCAUCAUUUUAUCUUUGGAUAAUUCUUCUGUCUUGCCAGAAUAUGAAAGUUUUACUCUCUUUGUAACAGUACGCUUCUAGUAGUGGUACUGGUAUUCCAGGUCACAUAAUGUUUGUAUUGAUUGAGGGAAUCAGACUGUAGAACACUUGCACCAAAUUCAGCUGUGUUGGUGGAUAUUACAGAUGAAAAAUUAAUGAAGAUGAAAUAAUUGAAAAAGUAAACUGGAAUUCAUGCUGAAUGCUUUCCAUGGUGAGCAAAGUAUUUAGCACAGAUUUAGGAGCCAUUUCAUUUUAGGUAACAAUCGUGAUAUAUCUAUUUGUUUAUCUUUGUAUACAUGCAUAUCAAAAGCCAUAUCAAAAGUUUAAAACCAUAAAGUUUUGGAACCAAUAAAACCAGUAUUGGCUGGCAAUUUUCAUCAAGUAUUUCUCUUUCAGAUCAACUGCAAACUUUUUGUAUUUAAUAAGCUUUCUUUAACCUGGACUGAAAGAGGCAGGGGAUCCCUGAGGCUUAAUGACACUUCAAGCAGCAAACAUGGAAUGUUGCAGUCAAGGCUAAUUAUGCGAAAUCAAGGCAGCUUGAGACUGAUUCUCAACACCCGACUCUGGGAACAAAUGGUUAUAAAAAGAGCAAACAGAAAAAGCCUGUGCUUCACUGCAACAGACCAAGAGGACCACUCUGUUCAAGUGUUUCUAACUCGGGCAGGCUCAAAAGAUACUGAAGACCUGUAUGCAGCAAUACAUCAUCGCCUUGUGGCAUUGAGAAGCUUUGCUGAGCAAGAGCCAGAUGCUAAUCAAGCAGAUGCAGAGUCAGAAAUAGCUUUUCAGCCAUUUAAUUGUGAUAGUGAUGAUGAAGAUGAUGAAAAAAUAAAUCCAGUGAGCAGCAGUGGAUCUG